AUGGCGGAGAGGAAACUAAACUUCAACGCACCUCUGCUUUCAACAAGGCGGAUGCACAAGACAGCAGUCUCUGUUCGUAGAAACAAGACAAAGAAGUUUACUACUGAUGACUCUUCUUCUUCUUCCGUUCAAGUUCUUGUCUCAGAGAUUGGCUUAGAUCAGGUUACUGAGACUGCCUCUGUUCCUUUCACAUGGGAGCAAGCUCCUGGGAGACUAAAAGAAAACGAUUUAAGACCUCAUGAAGUCUGUGAAUCGAAGCAGCAACUCUUCACACCAUGUCUUCCACCGGGGAAAGUGACGAGAUUUCAGAGUAAUGAUAAACAACAAGUUGAAGAAGAAGAAUCAGAGGAUGUGUUCUCUGAUGCACAUGAUACACUCUCUCCAAAAGACUCGUUUUCUUGUAACCAAAGCAUCAGUGGUGUGAGUGAAUAUGGUGGUGUUGUUGAAACGAAGAAGAAGAAGAAACCACUAAACCUUUCUGAGGAUUCUAGGGAUUUCAUGCUGAAUCGUUUUUUACCAGCUGCUAAAGCCAUGACCGUGGAGCAGCCUCACUAUGCUUCCAACCGUAAACCAUCGAGUUUUAUGUCUGAGCCAACGAUACAGGAGAAGCGACCAACUCCUACUAGGUGUGAUGAGUCUGCUUUAGUCCCAUAUUCUCAUUACCACCACCAAGACAUAGAUGAUGAUGAAGAAAGCGAGGAGGAGGAUGGUGAAGAUGAUCAAGUUUCAGAGUACGCUUAUCUUUCAAAGAGAGGUUGUGGAAUGUUGCCACAACUCUGCUUUAAAGACUCUCUAGGCAUGUUGAACACAGUGCUUGGUUUUAAAGCCAAACAAAAGUCUCCAGCAACAUCCCCAAGCCAUGAUCAAGUGAAGUCAAGCAAAGCUUCUCAACUCAAAUCUAAAUUCCAAUCUGCUAAAAAGCUCGCUCUUUAUUCAGUUUCUAAGCAGAAGCUGGGUGGUAAAGUUCAGUCUCCGGUACAUGAAAGCGUUGGGAAGAAGUCUAACUCUGAAUCAAAUCUGAGUGUUGCGUGUAGGUCUUCAUCUCCUUACAGACACUCUCGCUGUAAUGGUAACAGUUUCGCUGAGACUCGUAAGGAAACAGAGAACCUGAGAGCUAACAGGCUGAACAAGCAUAUUAGAAACAUAAGCACUUCUCUCUUGGAGAAUGUUCCCAUGACCAAUGAUGAGCAUAGCUCUAAUGUCAUGAUCUCUCCAGAGGAAGCAGUUAAGAAACCGGAUGCAAAUCUUGAGCUUGUAGCUUUCGAAAAGAUUAGCAUUGUGGAUGGUGAUGAUGAGUUAGGAAAGAUCAGUAACGGUCCUGAUCGGUCUCUUCUUGCACCACCGUCGCCGAAAAAGCCUUCUGAUUCUUGGCUUCUCCAUAAUCUGCCUUCAGUAACACCUCAUAUCCCUUCACGUAGAUAUCAUCCGUUCCAUCACCAGAAGCAGGAUCCAAAAGAAAACUCCAGGGAGGUUGUUACCAAGUGGGAAACUAUUGUUAAGACUUCCUACAUGCACAGAGAUCACUUCCGUUAUUCCGAAGAAAUGGUUGCUCAUACAUCUCAUCAAUGA